AUGUCAGAAGCCACCCACACGUCCCUCAGACAGUUGUUAUUCAAGAAUAUGGAUGUUUUUGCCUGGACACCAGCCGACAUGGUGGGUGUUCCAUGGCACAUUGCAGAGCACAGACUAAACGUUUCUGAGAAUGCCAAAUCUUUCGUGCAAACCAAGCGCAACUUAGGGUCAGAAAAACACGAAGCUAUGAAAGAACAAGUCACAGAGUUGCUCAACGCAGGGAUCAUCAGAGAGGUGCACUACCAGACAUGGGUUUCCAGCCCAGUAAUGGUACCAAAGGGAAAUGCUGGUUGGAGAAUGGCAAGAUACCAAAGGCUAAUGAACGAGACGUUUGGGGACGCCAUCAGCAAAUACAUCAAAGUGUACAUGUAUGACCUGGUCAUCAUGAGCAAAGAAGAAGAUCUAAUGUUACAAAACAUUCAGAAGACUUUCGAUACACUUCGAGGUGUGAACAUCAAGUUGAACCCGGUCAAAUGCUCCUUCGAGAUGGAGGAAGGAAAAUUUCUGGGCUUUACAGUUACAAAAGAUGGGUUCAAGGUUAAUCCUGACAAAGUGCAAGCAAUCGAGCAAAUGUCUUCCCUGUCGACAGUAAAAGAGAUGCAAAAACUAGCAGCACAUUUAGCUGCGUUAAACCGUUUUAAAAAUAAAUUUUCAUGGACCCCGGAAGCAGAGCUUGCGUUUAGAGAAGUGAAGGAAUGUUUAAUACGCUUGCCAACUUUGACAGCCCCAGUGAAAGAUGAACCGUUGGUUAUGUAUUUAUCGGCUUUGGAGAAAGAAGUAGGAGCAGUCCUGUUAGUUGACCGGCAGGGUGUACAAACGCCGGUGUACUAUGUUAGUUGUACCUUGAACGACCCGGAAACAAGAUAUUCUAUAAUGGAGAAGCUAGUCCUAGCUCUUAUCUACGCGUCAAGGAGGUUACGUAGAUACUUCGGAGACCAUGUCAUCCACGUCCUGACAAACUACAACAUCGAAAACAUCUUAGCUCGACCAGAAAUUUCAGGAAGACUCGCAAAAUGGGCAAUCGAGCUAGGUAGACAUAACGUAGUUUUCAGGCCCCGACCGGCGAUUAAGGGACAAGUAUUGGUAGACUUUCUUACAGAAGUACUGGACGAUAAAGAUCGUGAGUGCAAGGCUAUGGAGAAAGCCGAAACACAGUCUUUAGAGGAGCCGUGGCUGUUAUACAUAGACGACGCGUCCAACGAGGACGGUGCAGGGGCAGGCUUGAGGUUGAUAAAUCCAGAGAAACAUGAAUUCACAUACGCUAUCCGCUUGGAUUUCAAGAGCACAAAUAACGAAGCAGAGUAUGAAGUUUUUCUUGUUGGAUUACGUCUGGCAAUCAAAAUGGGAGUCAAACACCUGGAAGCGCAUGUUGAUUCGCUGCUUGUCGUAGGUCAAAUCAACGGUCAAUAUGACGCCAAGGGUUACGUAAUGGCAUUAUACCUCGAGCAAGCAAAGACCCUACUGCAAACUUUCAACACUUUCAAGAUCCAUCACAUCAAUAAGAGCAAGAACAAGCCUGCAGAUGCCCUGAGCAAGCUUGCAUCUACAAGUUUCCAGCACUUAGCCAAGGAUGUGAGCAUUGAAGUAUUAAAAAACCCAUCAGUCCCAUUGCGACAAGUAAGUGUCAUUCAACUGGGAUCGUCAUCCUGGAUGACCCCAAUCAUCAUGUAUCUUCAGUCAGGGAUCUUACCUGAAAACAAGGUAGAAGCCAAGAAGAUACAACACAAAGCCAUGCACUAUCAGAUGUCUGAUGGCAUCCUAUACAGAAGAUCUUACCUGGGACCCUUGCUUCAUUGUGUAGACCCUGAAGAUGCUAAUUACUUGAUUCGUGAAGUGCAUGAAGGAAUCUGCGGCAUCCACGCAGGUCCAAGAAUGGUGGAAGCAAAGGUGAUGAACGCCGGGUACUACUGGCCAGGGAUGCACCUGGACGCAGUAAAGGUGUUAAAGAAAUGUAACGGAUGUCAAAGGCACGCACCUAAAACCCUACGCCCCAAGAAUGAGCUGGUACCAGUCACAACAACAUGGUCGUUUCAACAAUGGGGAAUUGACAUGGUUAGCCCUUUUCUUGAAGCCCUAGGAGCAGUAAAAUUCAUCAUAGUCGCGGUUGACUAUUUUGCUAAAUGGGUAGAGGCGAAAGCUUUGGCCUCAACAACAGCCAUGGUGGUACGAAGGUUUAUCUGGAACAAAUAA